CUUAUUUCGUUCUGUUAUGAGUGUGUACUUCACUCCAUCAUUUGUUAAAAAAAAAAUUCAAAACUUGCUGAUUGAUUUGGCUGGCUGGUUUUUGAUGAAAUUGUGGGAAAUAGGUCUUUUAGGCUGAGUCUUGAUUUACAGAGGUCAAUUUGAUUAGACAGACUAUACCAUAGAUUAUGUUUAAUCUUGUGGACAUGAAAAUUUUCCUUUUUUCUUCUAGAUGGACUGGGUUUGUGUCAAAUAGCACAUGGAUUGAAAGUUGGUGGUUGCUUACAUCCACCAUGCCUUUUUAAUCACAUUCUUGAACUUUAAUUUCAGAAUUUCUUAGUGUGGGAAUUUGAGAAUAUGACCCAACUGUAGUCUUAUUGAUCUCUCAAGAUUACCUGGUUGACCUUUAGCUCUUGGUCGGUUGUCUUCUAGGCAUUGACUGGUUUUCUUUUGUACCAUGAUGUGGAAAUCAUUAGGAGAAGAAGCAGAACAUUGUUUUAGUUCUGUGAAUAUAAGGGAUUGCCUUUAGCUCCUAAGUUCCUGAAUAGCUAUGUUGUGGAUAGCUUUGAAAUUUUGAAGUGGGUGUUUGUGAAGAGAUAAGGUGGAGAAGCGGAGGUAUUGCCAAGCCAUGGGAUCCUGUAUGUCCUCUGAGAGUGCAAGUGCUGAAACGAUGGAAUCUUGGACAGAGGAAAUUGAUAUUGAAACUGCUGAGUUUUUGGCUAGGGAGACCAGGAAUGAUGAGCAGCUUGCAAGCUUGCAAGGCAGAAUGUGUACCAAUGGUGCUAGCAGCAUUGCAUCUAUGCACACCCAGCAAGGGAAAAAAGGACCCAAUCAGGACAACAUGAUCGUGUGGGAGAAUUUUGGGUCCCGGGAGGAUACAGUCUUCCUUGGAGUUUUUGAUGGACAUGGUCCGCGUGGACACAUGGUUGGAAGAAGGGUCAGAGACUCUUUGCCUUCCAUGCUAGUAAACCAGUGGCAUGAGCUACUUUCAGCUGAAUCUCUUAACACUGAUGGUAAUGACACAGAGGCUACUGAUUCAUACAAAUCUAAUGAUGACGCGAAUCAAGAUCAGAAAGAGGAGGAACCCAAAAUAUUUACAGUGUGGAGGGAAUCUUAUCUGAGAGCUUUCAAGGUGAUGGAUAAGGAACUAAAGUUACAUCCUACUUUAGACUGCUUCUGCAGUGGGACUACUGCUGUGACCAUUGUCAAACAGGGUCAGGACCUUAUGAUUGCUCAUGUUGGUGAUUCUCGGGCUGUCAUGGGAACAAUUUCUCCUAAUGGCAGUUUGUCAGCUAUUCAGUUAACAAUUGAUAUGAAGGCAAACUUACCCGGGGAGGCUGAACGGAUAAAGCAGUGCAAGGGCCGAGUGAUUGCUUUACAAGACGAACCGCAUGUGCAUAGAGUUUGGUUACCAAAUGAAAACUCUCCUGGUCUUGCAAUGACCAGAGCUUUUGGUGACUUCUGUCUGAAGGAGUUUGGGGUCAUUGCUAUACCUGAAGUAACAUACAGGUGCCUAACGAGUAGAGACCAGUUCAUUGUGCUUGCAACAGAUGGGGUGUGGGAUGUCCUAAGCAAUCGGGAAGUUGUAAAUAUUGUGUCUUCAGCAUCGACUAGAGCUUCUGCAGCUAAGAUGGUAGUUGAUUCAGCAGUCCGUGCAUGGCGGCGUAAAUUCCCAACCUCUAAGAUCGAUGACUGUGCUGUUGUAUGUCUGUAUUUGGAUUCACAGCCUUUCAUCUCCAAGCAUGAGAAGGGUAACAUAAACUCUGUAGCAGAGCAACCAAAUGUGGAACAAUCAGAGACAACUAUAACCAAUGGUGUUGCUACAGAAGAAGGGUCUGAGCUAGAUGGUCUGACAAGCACAAACUCCCUUGUGAACUUGCCUAGAUUCAUGAAGCGAAGUAAAAAGGUUAAAGGAUCAAAAACUUUAAGAUGAUUAUACCAUAUAAGACUAUUGGUUAAAACAGGUUUCCUCUGCAUACCAUCCUUCUAUAAACAAGUGAGUUCUACUUAUAGUGCACUAAGAAACUGUAAGGAGCAGUUUACUGUUUUUGUAUAUCAAUAAUGAAAAUCACCACUAUAAUGUGAUUCAGAAGCACACUGUGAACUCAUGGGUUUAUGAUUGACAAAGUGAUCAACUGCAAUGAUGAAGAGUAUAUAUAUUCUCAUUGCUGGGUGAGCAGGUUUGGAAACAUAGUCAGAAUUGCAUAUAACUUUAUGUUAUUGAUUGAAUCUGAACAUCUCUCCUUGUUGAAAGGAAUUGUUAGUUUCAAAGUUUGAAGAAAAUGUAUUUGAUUAUAAGUGAUUUGUACCAGGUUCACAUUUUCACACUAUUUGCGGGAGGAUAACAUUUGUACAUUUAGAGAUGUUAUAGCAUAGGUCUCCACUAUGAAAUUCCAAGAUGAUUGACCAGUUGGGCUCAUCUCAUUUGAUGUAAUCAAUGAUAAGCUUAAUUUUGGAGAGGAAAGUGUAUUUUAUCA